AUGGUUGUCAAACUACUUGGACCUGCAUAUGUCUCCAGCAGCAGAAGGGUGCUCGCAUGCCUCAUAGAGAAAGAUGUGUUGAUAAAUGUUGAGUUUGAAAUUCUUCUUGUAGAUCUAUUUAAAGGGGAGCAGAGAAAACAAGAGUUUCUGGCCUUACAACCAUUUGGAAAAGUUCCAGUAGUCCAGGAUGGAAGUCUCAUCCUGUUUGAGUCAAGGGCUAUCAUAAGGUACUACGUGGAGAAAUAUUCAGGACAGGGGUCUUGUCUGCUGGGCAAGACUUUGGAGGAGAGAGAAUUGGUUGAACAAUGGCUUGAAGUUGAAGGUCAGAACUUUAGUCCUCAUGUUUAUGCAUUACGUUAUCAGCUUAUCUACGCCCCAAGGAAUAAUGUGCCUCAGGACAAGGCAGUUAUUGAGAGCAGUGUCCAAAAGUUGGGGGAAGUGUUAGAUGUGUAUAAAGAGAGGUUGUCAAAGAGUAACUACCUGGCAGGGGACAUUUUUAGCUUUGCUGAUCUGACCCAUCUUCCAUAUACUGAAUAUUUAGUGAAUGUUACUGAUAAGGGGUAUCUGAUUAGGAAUAGAAAACAUGUGAAUGCAUGGUGGGAGGAUAUUUCCUCCAGAUCUGCAUGGAAGAGGGUUUUAGCUUUGUGA